CAAAGCCAACAUAAAUUGCGGCCCGAGGCCCGAAUCCAUAGUCGGUCGCAUCGCUUCUCUCGUGCCGCCGCCAUCGCUCGAACUUCCGUCCCCUGUCCGACCCUUUUCCUUCGAUUUAUUUGAAUCAGAUUCGCUGUUGGUGGAGCAUAUCCAGUUGGGCCUUUCGGUAUUGAAUCCUCUUUGAUCGGAGUUCCUGCUCUUAGGGUUCGUUGUUGGUCUUGGAUGGCUCUCGUGGUGAUCUGCGGGCAGCCUUGCAGCGGAAAGUCGACGGCCGCGGCCUGCCUCGCCGACGCUCUCCAGGCCGUGGAUCCGAAACCCACGGUCAGGAUCAUCGACGAGUCCUCCCUCCACCUUGGCCGCAACCAAAGCUAUGCUGAUAUGCCCAUGGAGAAAAACUUGAGGGGUGUGCUUAGAUCAGAAGUUGAUAGAUCAUUAUCUAAAAGCAGCAUUAUCAUUGUGGACUCUUUGAACAACAUUAAGGGUUAUAGAUAUGAGUUAUGGUGCCUUGCUCGAGCUUCUGGGAUAAGAUACUGUGUGGUAUUUUGUGACACUGACGAAGAUAGCUGUCGGGAAUGGAACAGAAAGCUUGGGGAAAUGGGAGAAUCUUCAUAUGACACAAAAAUAUUUGAGGAUUUAGUGCGGAGAUUUGAGAAACCAGACAGAAGGAACCGCUGGGAUUCUCCACUUUUUGAAUUAUUUCCAUCUAAAGAUGAAAUAAGAGAGUCUUCUCCGGUAAUUGCUGAUGCUGUAUCCUACCUCACAAAAAAGGUUGAUUCAAAAUCCCGAGAUGUUAGAAUCCUUCAGCCUACUAUUGCUACUCAGACUGCACAUACAACAGAUGCCAAUUCCCUUUACGAGAUGGACAGAGCAACACAGGAGGUGAUCAACAUGAUUGUUGAAGCGCAAUCUCAAGGUCUUGCAGGAGCUGUCAAUAGGAUAUCUCUUGGCCAACAUUUACCCACCAUAAACAUUCAAAGACCAAUCGGGCUGCCGGAGCUCCGAAGCCUACGGCGCACCUUCAUUAAGCUCACAGGGCAGUCCAGCCUCAGCGGCCCUCCACCACCAUCAGACGCAGAUAGCGCAAAGAGGAUGUUUGUGGACUACUUGAACAGAGAAAUUGGCAGUUCGUAACCCCACCCCUCCUUAUUUUUCGUUCUUUUCAGCUUGUAAUUGCAAUCUGUGACUCGCUGUAAGAGGUGAUUGUUUUUUUUGGGCAUGAUGUGAGUGAUCAACACUGAGAUAGCAUAAAUCAUUGAAAGGCCUUGUUGCA